AUGUAAGAAUAAUUAGAAAAUAUCCAUGUAAUUUAAAAAAUAUAUUCAGCAUAAGGAAAUACUUAUGAAGAAGUUAUUUCCAAUUUUCAUAAUCUAUAAAAGUAGCAUCUUACAAAACUAUUUAAAUAUAUUUCUAAUGAAAAUGAAUUAAAUUAAUUUUAAUUGAAAGGAUCUGUCAUUGGAGUUGAUAUUGAACAUACAAAUGAAAUUGGAUUUGACGGAUAAAUCAGUAUUGUAUAAAUUAAGGAUGAUGAAGAUGUAUAUAUUUUUGAUGUGAUUGAAAUUGGAUUAGAAAAUUAAAAAUUGAUAAAUGUUCUAAAGUUAAUUUUUGAAGAUGAUAAAAUAAUAAAAGUAUUUUAUGCAGGAAGUACUGAUGUUUUAUGGUUAAAAAGAGACUUUUAAAUUUAUAUCUAAAAUUAUUUUGAUCUUAAAGAAAUAGCAGAUAUGUGUAAAUUAAGUAAAAUAAAUUAUUUUAUUUAUAAUAGAAGGAGGAAAUUCUUUGAUUUAUUUAUGGAAACAAUAUUGUGAUCAUCAAGUUUCUAAAUCUUAUAAAAAUAAUAUGUAGACAUCUAAUUGGGCAGAAAGACCUUUAACUUAAGAAUAAUUAAUUUAUGCUGCAUAUGAUUGCUAUUAUUUGCCAUAUCUUAGAUAUGUUUUAUUGUAAGAACUAACUAAAAUUGACAUCAAAUAACAAAUUAAAAUUUUUUUAAAAUUCAACAAAACUGUUAAUAAAGAUUAUAAAAAACCUAUUUUAUCAAAUUCAGAAUUAGCUAAAGUGAUUUAAAAAGAGUACAAUCUUUUAAUGCAAAUAGUGACUGAAACUAAUGAUACAUCUCCUAUCUAUUAAUUAUUAUAGACUUAACCUGCUGCUGUUUAGUUGGUUUAAUUUAUAGCAUUAGAAAUAAUGAAAGUAAGAUAGGAGUAUGCAGUUCAUCAUAAUGAUCCAGUUGAAUCUUUAGAAGAAAAUGAAUAAGUCAUUUUAAUUGCUAUUCAUAUUUAUUAAAGAUUAAAUAUUCCCAAUAUUUAAGAUUACAAAUUGACAUAUCCUGACUAUUAGAAUUACUAAAAUUAAUAAUAUUAAUUUACAUUGGAAUACAUCUCAAAAUAGAUUGAUAAAGAUUGGGAAGUUUAUUUCAAAUCAUUUUGCAAAGGACUUUAUUAAAGUUUUUUAUAUGAUAUAAAUUUCAUUAAAUAUGGAUUAACUACAAUAUUUGAAUCAUUGUAAGUAUUAUAAAUACCAGAAUCAAAAAAUAAAUAAAAUUAAUAAAAAAUUGAUUAAAAGAAAUAAAAAUAAUCAGAAUUUGUAGAAAAGUUUACAAGAAAGAAACCUGCAUAUGGAAAUUGUAAAAUAUAUACAAAGGAAAAUUUCUUUUUGUGUAAUUGUGAUGAAAAGAAAAUAAGAUGGUAUUUGAAAUAAGGAUUAGCUGAUUUGAUAUGUGAAGAUCCUCCUACAAUUUAGUUAAAAUUUGAUCCAAGUGGAUUCAAAGAAGAAGGAUCUGAUAAAGCCUAGUAUGUAACAAUAGAGAGAGUUAAUUAAUGUGUAAUAUGUGGAAAAGAGAAUGAACUUUUGAAAUUUCAUGUAAAUUUUUUAUUUUAUUAAUUUUCUAGAUUGUACCAGUUGUAUAUAAAAAACAUAUUCAAGGAAAAAGAUCAUAUGAUGUUGUUUGUUUGUGUUUAGCAUGUCAUCAUAAGGCUAGUGCUUUAAAUGAUAAAUUAAAAAUAAUUAUUGCAGAAAAAUAUAAUAUAAAUGUUAAAUAAAAUAAAAAGGAUUCAUUAUUAUUAAUGGUAAAAAAUCUUAUUAAAUCAGUAAUGGCUUACAAUAAGAAAAAGUAAAAUUUACCUAAAGAAGCUUAUUAAAAAUUUUAAAUACAAUUUAAUAAUCAAAUAGAAUAAUUAAAAAAUCAAUAAUUAUUCAAUUAAAUAAAUUAAUUUGAUUUGAAUAAUUUAAAAUAUGAAGAUAACUUAAUCAAUAUUAAUGAUGAAUCAUUUUCAGGAUUUGUUGUAUAUCUUAAACUAAAUGAAGAAUUAUUUAAUAAAAAUGAGGAUAAUCCUGAUCAAGGAAAAUUAAUUGUUGAACAAUUAAAAACAGAAGAAGAAAUAGAUGAAUUUUUAGUAUUUUGGAGAGAUAAUUUUUUAAGUAUUAAUUUAAUAUAUAAUAUAAAGAUGAAAUGAAACCGUAAUAUUUAAAUGAAGCUUGGGCUAUUGAUCAUAAAUUUAAAAGGACUUUUGGUGACAAAUCUUAAUACAAUCCAAAUAAUUAAUUAUAACAGAAACAAACAGAUGAUUAAGAUUGA